UUCCUGACCAUACGCUGGUCCCUCCUGCAGCCUGCCUGCUGGGCAGGGCCAGCCAGGCCUGGACAUGGAGUCCUACGACAUCAUCGCUAACCAGCCGGUGGUCAUCGAUAACGGUUCAGGGGUGAUCAAGGCUGGCUUCGCUGGAGACCAGAUUCCCAAAUAUUGUUUCCCAAACUAUGUGGGGCGACCUAAGCACAUGCGGGUAAUGGCUGGCGCCCUGGAAGGGGACCUCUUCAUCGGACCCAAAGCAGAGGAGCAUCGGGGGCUGUUGGCCAUCCGCUACCCCAUGGAGCAUGGCAUGGUGCGAGACUGGAAUGACAUGGAGCGCAUCUGGCAGUACGUGUACUCCAAGGACCAGCUGCAGACCUUCUCCGAGGAGCAUCCUGUCCUGCUAACAGAGGCCCCGCUGAACCCCAGUAAGAACCGGGAGAAGGCAGCAGAGGUGUUCUUUGAGACCUUCAAUGUGCCGGCCCUGUUCAUCUCCAUGCAGGCCGUGCUCAGUCUGUAUGCCACAGGCCGCACGACGGGAGUGGUUUUAGACUCAGGGGAUGGGGUCACUCACGCCGUGCCCAUCUACGAGGGCUUUGCCAUGCCGCACUCCAUCAUGCGGGUAGACAUCGCUGGCCGUGACGUGUCCCGCUACCUGCGACUACUACUACGCAAAGAAGGGGCCGACUUUCACACCUCAGCUGAGUUCGAGAUCGUACGGACCAUCAAAGAGCGAGCAUGUUACCUAUCCAUCAACCCACAGAAGGAUGAGGCUCUGGAGACAGAGAAGGUGCAAUACACCUUGCCAGAUGGCAGCACGCUGGAUGUAGGGCCUGCACGCUUCCGGGCUCCCGAGCUGUUGUUCCAGCCGGACCUGGUGGGUGAUGAGAGUGAAGGGCUCCAUGAGGUGCUGGCCUUCGCCAUCCACAAGUCCGACCUGGACCUUCGCCGGACGCUGUUUGCCAACAUCGUACUUUCGGGCGGCUCGACACUUUUCAAAGGCUUCGGCGACCGAUUACUAAGUGAGGUGAAGAGGCUUGCUCCAAAGGACAUCAAAAUCAAGAUCUCAGCCCCGCAGGAACGGCUGUAUUCCACAUGGAUCGGUGGCUCCAUCCUGGCCUCGCUGGACACAUUUAAGAAGAUGUGGGUAUCCAAAAAGGAAUACGAAGAGGAUGGUUCCCGUGCUAUCCACCGCAAAACAUUCUAGCAUCCUGGAAGGGUGGAGUGUUGGGAGAAGACUUCAAGCAAAGGGGUAGAGCCAGGAACGGUUUUUGGUCUGGGCUCCUAUCUAGGCUGAGGAUCCCUUGCAUAUCCAGAACCUGGGAUGGUGCUGUAGCUAUGCUCCCCUGCAAAUGUGCAUAUGCGUGCACACGCAUGCACAAACACAUACACACACAGAGUAAUGUUUAGCUGCAUGGACGAUAGUCGUCACUGGAACAUAGCAACUGGGGAGCCUAGUGUUGGUUUGGUCUGGGUGUCUUCCUUCACAGGACCUAUUAAUUAAGCCUGUGGUUCCUUGCUCUAAUUCUUGGGGUGCUUCACUGAAGUCCAAGGCCAGAUAGCCAAACAUCCCAUUUCCUCUGACACAUUCCCACCAAGGGCAGAGUGUCUGGAUACCUGGAGUGGGGCGGGGGGGUGUUGAAGGAGCAGCCAACAGCUCCAGCAGGCGUGAUGAAGUGCAGUAGUGAAUCUCACGCCACCCCCCUUCUCCCUGACCCAUUAGGGCAGCCCAAACCUUUUCACAUCCUGGCCAAACGCCCUCAAUAGAGUGAGUACCAGGCAGUCCUGUCCCCAGUAAGGAUGUCAUGCCAGGGUCAGGCCUUCAGAGCCACAGGCAGCCCCCACUGGGGAGGGUGUCCUGUUCUUCCUGUCAGAGCUCUUCCCGGAUGGGCUGCCCCUUGUCCUCUAUUCCUCUCACCCGUGGAUGGGAAUGGGUUCCUGAUCUUCAUUCUUGGAAGAGAAGCCACUUAAUGGCAUCAGACCCAGGGCAGAAGGGAACUAUUUCCUUCUUGCUCCUCUUCCAGGAAAGAGGUCUUUGCUUGCUCUGUGGCCAGGGCCCAACCUUCUCUUCCAGAUAAUUUAGUACAAUAAUUUAAACACAGUUGACUAGGGAAAAAAAAACUUUUUUUUUAGAAAUCAUCAUAGUGAGAAUUAAGGACAAGGCCCAUGUGUGGCUGUUUUCUUGUGGUUCUUUGUGCUCUGUUGGCUCAUCCAUCCCUGGAGACUGUCAGAGAAAGCAGCUGACUGGGCCGCUGUCACCCUGGAGUGGAAUUCCCCAGCCUCGCUACCUCCUGGCUGCUGUCUGGUCCACCACCACUGGGGGGAAGCAGAGAACAGUGUGGCCUCCAUCUGCCUGGCUCCUGGAGAGCCUGCAUGCGUCCAGGUCCUUACCUGCCAUUGGAGCAGGUGCCUCUGUGUGCCACUCUGACAGUACCAAGGUGACGCUCACAGCCAGGCAUUGUCAGUGUUGUAGGCCACUUAGUUGAGACAUGUCCCAAGGAGGCAGAGGAGGAAGUGAUGAGGGAGAUGAGCUGGGAUCUCAGGGAGGAAGUGAGGAGGCAGGCAGAGCUGUGGUAAGCAAGGCUGGAGAAUGCGUGCUUUAAAGCACCUGCACUAUGCCUGACCCCUGAUGAAGGGCACAGGUCAGGGGAAAAGGGCAAAUGAGGCUGUUCUAUUGCAGAGUUUAGAGACCAGGAGGACAGACAUGUUGACGCAUGUGUGGGGCAGGUAGACUGGCAAAGGGUCUGGGGGUUGGUUUACCUGCAGAGUUUAGGGCUCAAAGAAAUGCCUAGGGCCAGGGGGCUAUGGACCCUUUGAACAAAGUGAGAUAAACCAAACAAGCUGACCUAGAAGAGGAUUCCUUGCUGGGUCCCAGGUGACAAGCAGACAGCCACAGCAGGUUGUUGUUGGAGGGCAGUCAAGAUUGGUGGAGACUGAGAGUGCAAAAGCAAGGCCAUCAGGUAUGAGGGAGAGCAGAGUCCCACCUGCCUUUGGGAAACCAGUUUACACUAACACUCUUCCUACUGACUUCUCUUCCCUGUCACCCCAGCUUGGGAAGUGAUGUCGCCCCCAUCACUUGGCUGCUGCCUGCACCUUCCCUCCCCCAUAUUCUGUCAGUUGCCAGGUUGAUGAUCCUAAGUUGCCUUCCCAUCUGUUCUUUCUUUCCUACUGCAAUCAGUGCCACCCCAGCUCAUGACCCCAGCUCUUAUAGCCCACGUAAUCCAUUUGCUCUCAUACUGAAAGCUCAGAUAAUCUUACCACCUCCUCCUCUAAGAUAUGAGGCAGUUGUCCUCUGCCUGGGGAAAAACAAUUGAUGUGACGUUGGGAAAGUCACCUGCAUGAUCCAUACACGUUGGCAUCUGAUUCAGGCUCUUUAUGAUCUGUCUCUCCCACCCAUCACUGGCUCUGGCUUUGCUUGCUGCUCCCCUCACACAGGAAUGACCUUCCCAUGUGUCUGUCAAAAUCCCUUCCCUUUGCAGCAGAAAGCUCAAGGCCAACAAUGUCCCCACCUGCACCUUCACCCCACUUCCUACAAGAAUAGAUAAAGGACUCUUGUAACAAGAGAGAAAAAUGAUAGAUGCGAAGGGAAGUGGAUGGAACAAACCUUGCACUGGAUUUGAACUGGGGGUGGCACCAACUAUAGAACAUAUAGACAUGGAAAUAAAUGCACAUCUGUAUGAGAGCCCAGCUUAGGAAAGUGUAAAUCAAGGCCCUGCUGCUGAGAGGGCUUGGAAGCAGUGGCGCCCUCUAACAGCACAAAGGACACAUGGAUCUUGAUUCUUAAAUCUCAUUCCUUAGUUCCCUGGGACAGAAAAGUACAAGUCUGGAAUAUCAUGGUAUCCUAAAGUAAGGAAACACGAACUUAAAAGUGGAGGGGGAAGUUCAGCUGGGGGAAGUCUUGUCUAAGGUACGCAAGAACCAACCUGAAGGAGCUUUAUAAUAGAUUAUAUAUAAGCCAUGGAUAAAUCAGAAGUCUAUACUGAAGGGACAGCUUUCCCUUUGGGCAGAACUGCGAUUAAUGAAUAAUGGAAAAGAGUAACUCACCAACGGAUGAACACCACAGUACUGUCAUAGUAAUAAUUUGUUACGAUAAUAUACUGUAUAUUUUUCUAAAAAUUAGAACAAAAACCCUAAAUCUGGAAUGUUUGAAGAGUUAUGUUUACCUCAUUGGACAUCACACAACGUAUACAUGUAUUGAAACAUGAUAUGGUAUCUCAUAAAUGUGUACAAUUUUCAUAAUCAGUUAAUAAUAAAUUAUUUUUUAAAACUUA